AUGUCCAGGAAAAUAUUUUUUGAAGCAUUACGCCCCUUUAGAAUGCACGAAGAAUUUUUAUCUGUAAUGCUUCAGGCGGCAAUCGACCCCGGGAUCCCAGGAGUGCCAAACAGAAAAGGGUUCCUGCAGGAGUUGCUGGACGAGCACUGUAGGGACAGCUGCUCCGCCAACGGUAUUACGGCCCUGUCAGAGUACAGCUGUUUAGACAGUGCAGCCCGCCUAGUGGUAGCUGCCGAUACAGGGAGCGGUGGAUGGUCGUGCUACCAUCCGACUGGACUCAGAAUCGGGUUGAACUCGGCACAAUGCGUGAAUGACUGCGGGGAGACCUUUGCGUGCGGGGACGGCCCCGCUGAGGCUUCGAGUGUCAGAUGGAGCGAAGACGCUGCGAUCCGGAAGGUGCUCUACGAGAACAGAUACCGCUACUGCCAGCCUGAGCGAUGUGUCAAUGACGUGCAGGCCUCGCUGGACGCGUAUUGCGCAGACGCACUCCGCUUCCUGUGCGGGCGGGGAGACGGCGCUUGCCAAGAUGGACCGGUAGCUCGCAUGGACAUAGGGAACGAGCCCGAUCAGAGCAGGGAGUGGCGCUGCUACGAUCCUAGCGGCCUCGACGCUGCCAGUGCCACGGGGAUAUGUCUGGAUGGCUGCACCGUCCAGGAGGUCACUUGCAGCGGCGUCGACCGUGCGAGUGACUCCACCGGGAGGCACUGGAACCUAAAAGCUGCUCUCGAGUUUAUCGUUCGCGGCGCUAAGGCCAAGCUCCUCACCCCCGGCCAGACCAGCAAGCUGCAGGCUGUGCUGGAUGAGGCCUGUAGGGAAGCCCUCGCCAAAGAGUGCCCUCCAGAGUCAGCCAGCUGCAAGGGCGGCGCCGUUGCUCGAAAAGACAGCACGGCCGACGGCCAGCCGCAGAUUUGGGGAUGCUACAAGCCGGCAGCUCUUGUUUCCGAUCGCUUCACUGCCCUCUGCAUCUCGAACUGCGCUGACGAGGUCCCCUGCAACCAUGGGACCGACACCAGCAGGGGUGCGCGCGUCUGGCGAGACGCAGUGGAUUUCGCUAGUUUAAUCGCUGAGAAAUCAGCCACCACUUGCGGGGCAAGCCUGCACAGCAACGCCGUUCUAAGCAGGCUACAGAGGGUGCUGGAUGACUACUGCAACGACCUCCUGAAAGGCAUUUGUCAAGGCACCUUCUGUCCUCUCGGGGCUGUUGCCCGUAAAGAUGUGGGCGGGCCUUCCCAAACUACGAAGGAGUGGAGGUGUUACAACGCCGUUUACCUCACGGAAGACGUGAAUACUGCAAUUUGCGUAUCGGACUGCGGCGAAGAGGUUGCCUGCCAGCACGGCGUUUCUGGGGGCGUGAGCUACAGCCAUUGGACCCGAGACGAGGAGAUCAAGGCUCUCAUAGAGGAGCGAAAGAGUCACAGCUGCUCGCACGCCCUUUGA